AUGACGUCCACCUCGUCUUCGGGCUUUUUGGGAUUGCCUCCGCCUUUUGGAGUUGGAGGGCCGCCGGCCUCGGCCCUGCGAGGCCCAAGCGGGAAAAGAGCCCGCCGCCGCCGAAAGAGGCCGACAGUGGAAACACGAGACGCGCGCCGAGUUGCGACACCAAAAAAAAAAGAGGGCGUGCCGCGUGAGGCCCGCUUCGUCUCCCCGGUUGCGCGCUUUGCUCCGCUUUCAGGCGCCGAGGCCGAGCACAGCUACCUCACGCAAAGGCAAAAGCGGGGAAACAAUUCAAACUUGGGCGGGCGAAUGCUGUUUUUUUGCGUCUCCCUGGGCGUUUGCUUCGGGCGCGUCCCCGCGUCCGCCUUUUUCCGGGAGGCGGCGCGGCAAAACUGGCGCCUCUUCCCUUACGCAUAUUUGGGUUAA